AUGCUAAUUAUAUACAAAAGUACUCAUUUAGGCGGACAAGACUUCGAUACGAACCUCCUCGAUCACUGCAAGAAGGAGUUCGGUCGUAAGACCAAGAAGGAUCUCUCUGGCGAUGCCCGCGCCCUCCGACGUCUCCGAACCGCUUGUGAGCGUGCCAAGCGUACUCUUUCCAGCGGUGCUCAGGCCACCAUUGAGAUUGACUCUCUCUUCGACGGUGAGGACUUCACUAUGUCCAUCACCCGUGCCCGUUUCGAGGACUUGAACGCCAAGGCUUUCUCUGGCACCAUCGAGCCCGUUGCCCAGGUCCUCAAGGACGCCGCUAUCGAGAAGAAGGCCGUUGACGAGAUCGUCCUCGUCGGUGGUUCUACCCGUAUCCCCAAGAUCCAGAAGCUUCUGUCCGAGUUCUUCGACGGCAAGAAGCUCGAGAAGAGCAUCAACCCCGAUGAGGCUGUUGCCUACGGUGCCGCCGUCCAGGCCGGUAUCCUCUCCGGAAAGGCCACCUCUGCUGAGACCGCCGACCUCCUCCUCCUCGAUGUUGUUCCUCUGUCUCUCGGUGUCGCCAUGGAGGGUAACAUUUUCGCCUCCGUUGUUCCCCGUGGUACCACUUGCCCCACCCUCAAGAAGCGAACCUUCACUACUGUUGCCGACAACCAGCAGACCGUUCAGUUCCCCGUCUACCAGGGUGAGCGAACCAACUGUGAGGACAACACCAGCUUGGGUGAAUUCACUCUUGCUCCUAUCCCCCCCAUGCGCGCCGGUGAGGCCGUCCUCGAGUGUGUCUUCGAGGUCGAUGUCAACGGUAUCCUCAAGGUCACCGCUACUGAGAAGACCUCCGGCCGCAGCGCCAACAUCACCAUCUCCAACUCCGUCGGAAAGCUUACCACCGACGAGAUUGAGAAGAUGGUCAACGAGGCUGAGCAGUUCAAGAGCAACGAUGAUGCUUUCCAGAAGAAGUUCGAGGCUAAGCAGCAGCUCGAGUCUUACAUUGGCCGUGUUGAGGAGAUCGUUUCCGACCCCACUCUGUCCCUCAAGCUUAAGCGUGGCCAGAAGGAGAAGAUCGAGAGCACCAUCUCCGACGCCAUGGCCGCUCUUGAGAUCAACGAGAGCACCGCUGAGGACCUCAAGAAGCAGGAGCUUGCCCUCAAGCGUCUUGUUACCAAGGCCAUGUCCUCCCGAUAA